AUGGCGUAUUCGACAAUUUUACUACCGCAAAUAAUGAAAGGAUAUAAUUCUUCUUCAAUAGCCGAAGACGAUUGGGAUUUAAUUAACGAUACCGAUUCGAAUUUAACGAAUCCAUUUUUUAUUAAAGAAUUAACCAUUGGACAAGAUGAAGCGUCUUGGAUCGCUAGUUUGAUGUCUAUCGCAACUCCAAUCGGUUCACUCCUGGCUGGACCAUUAAUGGACAGAUUUGGAAGGCAAAAAAUGUGCGCAUACUUAAUGAUACCAAUAAUUUUUUCAUGGAUUUUAGUUGCUACCACAACUUCCAGCGUUUAUACCAUAUACGCAGCUAGAAUUUUUGCCGGUUUAGGAGGAGGAUUAUCCACCGUCACGAUAGUUUACGUGGCAGAAAUAUCACAUCCGUCCAUAAGGCCCAUGUUGUUAUCAUUAACAUCAGUAUUCGUUUCGUUUGGAAUAUUAUUAACUCCCGUUUUAAGUUAUUUUCUCGACUGGAGAUCCGUUGCAAUGUGUUGCGGAGGUAUGGCGGUCACCAUUUUAUUAUCCGUUUUAUUCAUUCCCGAAUCUCCCUCCUGGCUCGUCGGCAUGCAAGCUAAUAAUAACGAUCCCGAUAAAGGACUUAAAAAAGCCGAGAAAAGUUUAAAAUGGUUGUAUAAAAAUCAAGAGGAUUGCAAGGAAGAAAUGAAAUCUUUGAUGCGUAUAAAAGAUCAAAAACAUUCGGAAAAAGAAAAUCUUCUCGUUAAAAACCAGAAUGGCGAAGGCAGGAUAACGUUCGGUUCGUCUCGUGCGUGGAAACCUCUAUCAAUAUUAUUAAUAAUAUUUUUUCUGCAACAAUUCACGGGUGCUUACAUCGUUAUUUUUUACGCCAUACAAAUAUUCGAAAAGUCCGGAUCGUUAGAAUUCGAUCAAUUAAAAUGUCUCAUAGUAUUAGGUAUAAUACGAUUCGUAAUGGCGAUCAUAUCCAUGUUUUUAUCGAAGAAAGUCGGUAGGAAACCAUUGUUGGGAACGAGCAGUCUCGGAAUGGGUAUCGUUAUUCUUAUAGCUGCCGGUUACAUACAUUUCCUUGGUCAAGGACUCGUACCCAUUGUAUGCCUUUUGAUAUUUGUACUUUUUGCUUCUUACGGUAUGACGACCAUUCCGUGGACUUUGAUCGGAGAACUUUUGCCCCUUAGCGUAAGAGGUGUUUAUUCCGGUGUAUCCGUUGCCGUCGCGUACCUCCUAAUGUUUAUCACGGUAAAACUUUUUCUCAUGGUUCUUCACGCAAUCGGUAUCGUCGUUAUAUUUAUAAGUUUUUCCGCCGUGUGUUUUUCAUUUGUAUUUUUCGUUUAUUUUUUCGUACCCGAAACUUUCGGUAAAACUUUUACCGAAAUCGAAAAAGCUUUUAAGUAA